UUUGACACCUCAAAAAUGUCUUAAUAAUUUUAGGGUUAUGAUUAUAAAAUAUUUUCAAAAUUGGCUUAAUUACCAAAAUAAUCAUUAUUAUCACAAUUUUUAAAUCUACUGUUACAAGAAAACUCCUUAUUUAGUAAUCAAUAACACUGUUAAUAAUGUGUUAUAUCUAUAAAUUAAUCAACACUAAAGUUAAUUAAUACUGAAAAUUAUUCUUCAGAAAAUAGGAAUAUAUAGAAAAAGUCACAUUACAAAUUGAUGAAAUAUGUCUGAAAACAGUAAAAGUAAUAGUAAUGAAAAACCUGGUGAUGGAAUUCGAUCAAUGCGAUCCUCAACUGCAUUUCGAGUUGUUAACUUUGAGCUUUAUGCAAAACCUAAUAUAGUCAUUAUGAGUAUUGGCUUGACAUGCUUUGGUCUAGCUCUUGGCUAUAUUGCCUAUAUGAGACAUAAAUAUGAAUCUAUGGGUUAUUAUUCUGCUAUCAAUGAAGAAGGAAAAGAAACUUUUGAGAAAAAGAAAUCUAAAUGGGAAUAAGACAAUGGAUAUAAAAACAAAUAAGAAGAACAAUUUUAUGGUUAUGCUCUGUAAUGUACAUAGAUAGUGUUAAUUUUAGUAUUUAUAAAUAAAAUA